AUCCUAAUGAGCCUCUGUAGUUUCCACUCACCUGCGCUGUCUGAUCGCUGACGUCACACUUGAAAGUGAAAGUAAACCAGCAUUUAUGCAGGCCAAAAGCAUGCAAGUUUGGCAGUUGGAGAUGCAAAAUUGUCCCUCCCCCAACCUGUGUAUGGAUCAACUUGUCUGAAUAAAACUUGUGUAUGAAUUAACUUGUUCUCGCCAGGAAUAUAGCCGUAGAUGCUGGAAUGGCGUAAAGAAAUAAAGGAAGAAGAAGAAGUGUCAGUUGAGGAGAUCAAACAUGGAUCAAACAUCAACAGAUGAAGAUUUUUCUCCAGGAUUAAGUUCAGAUCAUCUGAAGAGAUCAGAUCCAGAGUUCAGCUGUGUGUCUAUGAAGAGUGGCCGGUCUUUGGAGCAGCCAUAUAACUUUAAGAGUAAAGAUAAAAGACCUGAUAGCAGACCAGAUGUAACCGAACCCGACUGUAAGGAGAGGAUGAUUGAGCAAUAUGAGAAUCAACCACAAGAAUUCGAUGAAAACAUGAGUCCUCAUUUCAGCUACAAGUAUGAUCUUGCUGAAGUCCUGAACAUAUUCAAAUCAAAUCUGAGGAAGAAGUUUGAGUGUUUGUAUGAGGUUACAUUAAAUAAGAGAAACCCAACACUACUGAAUGAGAUCUACACCGAGCUCUACAUCACAGAGAGUGAAAGUGGAGAGAUCAAUAGUGAACAUGAGGUGAGACAGAUUGAGACACAAUCCAGAAGAACAACAACAGAGGAGACACCAAUCAAAUGUAAUGACAUCUUUAACCCUUUACCUGAACAACACAAACACAUCAGAAGUGUGCUGACAAAGGGAGUCGCUGGCAUUGGAAAAACAGUCUCUGUACAGAAGUUCAUUCUGGACUGGGCUGAAGAGAAAGAGAAUCAGGACGUCCACCUCAUAUUUCCACUUCCUUUCAGAGAGAUGAAUUUGAUGAAGGACAAAACACUCAGUCUUUUAGAUCUUCUUCACCUUUUCUUCCCAGAAACAAAAGAAAUGGAAAUCUCCAGUGAUGAAUAUAAAGUGUUGUUCAUCUUUGAUGGUUUGGAUGAGUGUCGUCUGUCUCUGGAUUUUCACAGCAGUGUGAGGUUGUGUGAUGUAAAUGAAUCAACCUCAGUGGACGUGAUGCUGACAAACCUCAUCAAGGGGAAUCUGUUUCCCUCUGCUCUCAUUUGGAUCACCUCCAGACCAGCAGCAGCUGAUCUCAUCCCCUCUGAGUGUGUUGAUCGAGUCACAGAGGUACGAGGCUUCAGUGAUCCACAGAAGGAGGAAUACUUCAGGAAGAGAAUCAGUGAUGAGAGUCUGUCUGAUCAAAUCAUCUCACACCUGAAGUCAUCCAGGAGUCUCUACAUCAUGUGUCACAUCCCAGUCUUCUGCUGGAUUUCAGCCACUGUUCUAGAAAGAAUGUUGAGUGAAGCAGAGAGUCAAGAGAUCCCCAAGACUCUCACACAAAUGUACACACACUUCCUGAUCAUUCAGACUAACAUCAAACAUCAGAAGGAUUAUGACAAUAAAGUGAAAGAUGAAGAGAUGAUCUUUAAAUUGGGGAAACUGGCUUUUGAGCAUCUUGUGAAAGGCAAUCUGAUCUUCUAUGAUGAAGACCUUAGAGAGUGUGGCAUUGAUGUAGCAGAAGCAUCAGUUUACUCAGGAUUGUGUACUCAAAUCUUCAGAGAGGAAUUUGGUUUGUAUCAGGGAAAAGUUUACUGCUUUGUUCAUCUCAGCAUCCAGGAACAUCUAGCAGCUCUUUAUGCUCAUUUUUCCCUCACAAACAACGACAGAUAUGUGUUUGAUCAAAUACCUGAACCUUCCGGGAUUGCAAAAAUUUUGGAAACAAUGAAACCUAAAUCAUCAGAACAUGAUUCAUUAUCUGAGUUACAUCAGCGAGCUGUAUAUGAAGCUUUACAAAGUAAGAAUGGACAUCUGGAUCUUUUCCUGCGUUUUCUUCUGGGUCUUUCACUGGAGUCCAAUCAGAUUCUCUUACAGGAUCUACUGACACAGAUGAAAAGUUGCUCCUACAAGAAAGUGAAAACUGUUGAGUACAUUAAACAGAAGAUGAAUGAGAAUUUGUCUCCAGAGAAAUCCAUCAAUCUAAUUUACUGUCUGAGUGAACUGAGUGCUGAUUCACUGGUGCAGGAGAUUCAACAUUAUGUGACAUCUGCAUCAGUAGGAAACUCUAAACUAUCCUCUUCACAGUGGGCAUCUUUAGUUUUUUUGUUGCUGACAUCUCAGCAGAAUUUGGAUGAACUUGAUCUAAAUCCAUUUAUUGGAGCUUCAAAAAUAGCAGAUGAAGCCAUUGUGAAACUGCAGCCUGUGAUUAAAGAAACCAAAAAACUCAAGUUGCGUGAGUGUUCUAUCAGACAUGAAGGUUGUGCUGCUCUGUCUUCAGAUUUGAGAUCAAACCCAUCACACCUGAGACAUCUGAAUCUGUCUAAGAUUAAUCUGAGAGAUUCAGGAGUGAAGCUGAUCUCUGAUGGAUUGGAGAAUCCUAACUGUAAACUGAUGUCACUCAGGUUGAGAUUCUGUAAUAUCACAGCGGAAGGUUGUCUUUUUCUGACUUCAGCUCUGAGAUUAAACCCAUCACAUCUGAAACAUCUGAAUCUGUCUUAUAAUAAUAUUGGAGAUUCAGGAGUGAAGCUGAUCUCUGAUGUACUGAAGCAUCCUGACUGUAAACUGGAAAAACUGAAGUUACAGAGUUGUAAUAUCACAGCUGAAGGUUGUGUUGCUUUGACUAUAGUUCUGAGAUCAAACCCUUCACACCUGACACAUCUGAAUUUGUCGAUGAAUAAUCUUGGCGAUGCAGGAGUGAAGCUGAUCUCUGAUUUACUGGAGAAUCCUGAAUGUAAACUGAAGAUACUGAAAUUUGCCCAUUGUAAUAUCACAGAUGAAGGUUACGCUGUUCUGGAAUCAGCUCUGAAAUCAAACCCAUUACACCAGACACAACUGGACCUAAGAGGAAAUAAUUUUUAAUUGAGAACUUAAGCUAUUAUCUCUGAGUUUUAGAAUUUUACAAAUUCCUGGUGGUUCACGGGAAAUGCAGGGGUUCGUGAGUUGAUAAAAAUAAAUAAAUUACAAUUAAAUCAUAAAAUGUAUAUAAAUAAUUUAAAAAAAGAUUCUAAAGAAAAAAACAUACCAACAAAAUAUCGUUUUCCAUGUGUAGAUCCAGAAAGGUGUUUUCAACCAUAAUAAGUAAAUUCCUAACGCUGUAAUUUUUCUUAUAACGCGUUGUGUUUCUCAUUUCAUGUGUUACAGUACUGAUCAAUCUACAGGUUAUUUAGUGCUCUAACACAUCCUAAAGUUUGACUUCUCAGAGUUUUUCAAAACUAAAGUAAAUCAGGUUUAAAUGCGAGUAGAUCCUGUUGGAACAAAAGUAAAGCUUGUUACUUUUGUCCCGCUGCUAGUACUAUUGUAUAUGUUGAAAAUUGGUAUUAUUCAAAUUUUAUUUAAAAUUUAAUAGUGUUCAAACUGUUGAAAAAAAAAAAUUUAUUCUCAACAAUAGUUUGUACUGUUGGUUGCUUUUGAAACAUUUGAUAAAACUGAAAAAAAAAGUAAUUUCAUUAUUUUUUACAAAGAUAAAUUACAAAAUAUGUUUGCAGUUACAUAUUAACAAGGACAUAGUCAUGUAUAGUUACUAAAAACAAGUGUAACACAAAAAUCUUGUUUUGUUAUGUUGCUGUUGACCCACAUGUUUGUUACUUUUGUCCCAGCUGAAAUUAUACUGAAGUCGUUUUACAUUUGUUCAAAAUUCCACAUGGUAUUGAUCGACCACAUUUGUGAGUUAUUGACUACAGCAAAAUAUAUCUCUGUCUAAAACAUUAUCUUUUAAAAUUAAGUUUUUCUGAAAAAUUGUACUUUCGCCCCGCUCUCCCCUACUAUAUCAUGCUUUGACUUUUGCCCUCUGUGUCCUAGUUUUCCUCUGUUAAUUAGUUAGUUAGUUUAAACCUGUGUUCUAUUAAUUAUCCAAUUUGCUCCUUGUUUGGACCCUGCCUUUUGUUCUGUUCCUGGUCGGUUCUUGUUAAUGUCUGUGUAAGAUUAAAAAUAUAGGAAUUUAUUACUUGGUCACAACCCCCUAUGCUAAUAGUGAUCGAAGACUAUUGUCACAACUGUUUAUCCAAUACAGUGGGGGUUAAAGGUGGUCUUCUGAUUGGUCAAUUUGAAUGUAUUAUGUUGGGUUUGGUCAAGUACAUUGGGGGCUAAAGGUGACCGGUCAAUUUGAAUGUAUCAAGUUAGGUUUAGUCACAUGGUCAAGGGAUAGAGGAAGGUUUUUAUGAGCUCUGGGCUUUUGCAUUUUGCCUUUUGCAUUGGCCUUUGCCCUUUCCUUUCUUCUUCACUGGGGUUCAGGCCAUUAGGCCUAGGUUCCAUUUCUCUUUCUUCUAAACUUUCUUUCUUUCUCUGUUCUCUAUCUUAUCAGGUAAUAUCUCACAUGCAUUUGAAACAGUCAAUUGUUUGUAUUAUUUACCAUUUCAUGUAUAGUGUAAUAAUAAGUAAUGUUAUAGUGUAACCAUUUCAAUUAUAACUUUAAGUCAGUACUGUAAUUAAACCUUUUCAUUUACAAAUCUGUUGUUUAGUUUUGAUUUAGUGUUAAUACUUAAACGGUCCAUAUUGCAAUACAAUAUAUUCGUACUCUAGCAACGCUCUCAGACAUAUUGUGUCAGAAACCUGGGAAUGAUUGCAGUUUUGUUCCUCUUCCGAAACCUUACAGUCUGUGUGAUGCUUUGUGAGUUUUCUUCCGUCUAUUGUGAGUAUUUAUAUUAAAGUCUGUUUUAAAGAAAGCUUCCUUUGUCCUCUUCACAGUCGUCACACAUGUACUGUAACACUAGAUCUGUCUUUGACCUUUAUUUUUGUUGGCAUAUUGAUUGCCAUUUGCAUUACCAUUGUUCUACAAAAAAAUAUUACAAUAAUUAACACUUGCGGCUUAUUCCCCUGCUGUCGGGAGAAGCCUAGCUUGCCGCCCACCAGUUGCCGGUAAAGAACCUAAUGAAUUAUAAAGACCUGAAACGAGCAGUUAUCCAGCAGGGUGGGAUGGGUCCGGAGCAGCAUCGGCAACGUUUCUGGUCACUUGAGCUGGGCGAAAGUG